AUGGCGCUCCUGCUGCUCUCGCCCGUGCUGGCUGCUCUCGCCCCAAACAGCCAGCCGUCGGCGCGUCUCUGCGAGGAGCGCAGCGGCGUCGCGCUCGUGCGCGAUCGCAGCCACGCCGUCUUGCUGCGCAGGCCGUCGGUAGACGCCGGCCGCGCCGCAAAGAGCUGGAGCCUCCAAACGGCCAAGCAGGCGCUGCUGCCGGCUGGCUGGCCCGCCACCGUGCCGCAAGAGUAUCUUCGGUACCAGUUCUGGCACGUCGCCCAGGAUCUGACCACGCAGCUUCGAAAUGUGCUCGCCACGUCCCGGGUGUUGGCAGGCCUGGGCGUUGGAGACGAGACCGCGACUGCAGCGGCAGCAACACUGCAGUGGAUCUGCCGCGACGGCGCCGGGAUGCUCGCGAAUCUCGGCGCGGCCUCGAUCCUCGGCUCUCGGCUGGGCGGCGACACGCGGCGCUGGCGGUUCGCCGGCGACGUCGCGGUGGACAUCGGCCUAUGCUGCGAGAUGCUGGCGGUGCGGCUUCGGCACCGCGGCCUCUUCUUGCCGCUGCUCUGCGCCGCGAGCGUCUUCAAGGCGCUGUGCGGCGUGCUGGCGGGAGGCGCCAACGCCGCCAUCUCGCUCCACUGGAGUACUCGCGGCGCCGGGAUGGCGGAGAUCAGCGCCAAGGGCGGCGCUGUCGGGACCCUCUCUGGACUUGUCGGCCUCGCCCUGUCCCUGCUGAUUGCUCGCUUCGGGCUGGCGAGCGCGGGCGGCGAGGCAGGCGCGUGGUGCUGGUUCGGCACGCUGACCGCGCUCCACCUCGUCGCGUGUGAGAGAGGGCUCAAGCUGCUCGCGCUGACGACGCCCAUGAACGCGAGGCGGCUGGCCCGGUGCUGGUCCGCCUUUGCUCGCUCGGGCUCGCUGCCGCCGCCCUCCGCGCUCGCGGCGUGGGACAAAGCGGCUGGCGUGCUGCUCGGCCACGGGCUCGAGGCGGUCGCGCGCGAGUGCGGCGGCGCCUCGCGCGUGCUCGAGGUAGCCGCCGCGCUCGAGGCGGCGGGCGAGCGGCACCUGGUCCUCCGCCGGGAGGAGGGCCGCACGCCUCGCUCCCACGUCCUCCUUCGCCGCGGCGCGACCGCCGCAGACGCGCGCCGCGCCGUCCUGCACGCGUUCCAGCUGAACGCGCUGCCUCGCGACGCACCGGCCGACGCCGAGGCUGUGCUGCGCGCCUCGCCGGACGCGGGCGCGGUCAGGCGCUUCGAAGCGGCGCUUGAGGCGGCGGGCUAUGAUACCUCCGUGGCGUGUGACACCCUCGCGCGGGCGACGGUCGUCACGUUCGACAGCGAUCACUGA